UUCAAAUGGACGAUUUUAUGUUCCCAUCUAUUAUCACUACUCAGCCAUCAUCAUCUCAUCUCAUCAAAGACGAGAUAUCCUUCGCCGGAGCAUGUGUACCUCCCCCGGUUUCUCCGGCGGAUGUGAAAGCCAGAAUCAUGGCGCAUCCUCACUACCCCAACCUCGUAGCCGCUUACGCCGAGUGCCACAAACUCGGCGCGCCACCGGAAGUGGCGGCGCGUCUCUCUACCGUCACCCGCGACCUAGAGACACGGCCUGGCGGUGGUCGGAGCUUCCCCACCGCUGACCCUGAGCUCGACCAGUUCAUGGAAGCAUAUUACGAUAUCCUCGUCAAGUACAAAGAAGAGCUGUCGAGGCCGUUUGAAGAAGCAGCUGAUUUUCUUCGAAAGGCAGAAUCCCAACUCAGCUCUAUCACUGAUCUUAGCUCGAUGAGCUUCCACUUCUCUACUGAUCAUGAAAAAAGUGGAGCUUGUUCAGCUGAAGAGGACCAAUUUGAAGUCAGUUUAGGAGAAACCGUUCUUGAGGGCGAGCAAGCAGCAGAAGACAGAGAGCUGAAGCACCAGCUUCUCAAAAAGUAUAGUGGUUAUCUAGGCAGCCUUAGACAAGAGCUCUCCAAGAAGAAGAAGAAAGGCAAGUUGCCAAAGGAAGCUAGGCAGAAACUUCUCAGCUGGUGGGAGCUGCACAACAAGUGGCCUUAUCCAUCAGAAUCAGAGAAGGUUGCAUUGGCGGAAUCGACGGGGCUCGACCAAAAGCAGAUCAACAACUGGUUUAUAAACCAAAGGAAACGGCACUGGAAGCCAUCAGAGGAGAUGCAGUUCAUGGUAUUGGAUGGCUACCAGCAGCAUCAACAGCAAAAUACUACUUUCUAUUUGGAGGGGCAUUUCAUGGGGGAUGGAAAUCUGUACCGCAUUGGUUCAUGA